AUGAGUACCCCGACGACGUACACACCUCUUGAGUCACUUUUCCUCUUCCAAUCCCUCCUCAAUCACGGUAUCGACGCCGACGCGUUUACGCACAUCUCGGAGACGCUGAGGAGCAAUGCGCUGAUCAAGAGCGGAGAGACUUUCGAUGCCGCGCGGCUGAGCCCCAACGCGCUACAGCAGCUGUUCCUGUUGCUUCUGCGCGAGGAGCUCAGGAGCGACGCCGAGCGCGCCGAGGCAGCCCAGGCGGGAGCUUCGCCGUCCAAGAAGCGAAAGAUUACAGCCCCGUCCAUACCGACACUGAAUGAGGCCUACCAGCAUGUCAGCAAAGUGCCGGCAUUGGUGGAGCGCCUGUAUGCUCGCUACCGUGAUCACGUUGUGAGGCAGAUCAGAGAGGAUGAGCGCAAGUUCGCCACGGUACAAAAGGAGAUACAGCUGUUGGAAAAGAGCGAAAAGGAGCGUUUGGCCAGGUCAGCGUCCCAGAGCGGCGCGCCCGUCCUCGCCCCGCGUGACACCAAGAAUACUCCCUUGGGUUCCAACAGUUCUAGCCCAUCGCCGGGAUCGACACCAGGAGCUGUGCCCGGCAUCAAGAGGGGCGCCGUGGUUCCAACACCAAAAGCUCCUGGAGCUGGCGCGCGGCCCCCAGCGGUAGCUGGACAUCCGCACAUGCCAGCGCCAACACCACCGAAAAGACCAGCACCAUCAUCAAAGCCCGCGAAUGGUACUCAGCCAACAGCUGGUCCGCCACCGCAGUCGCAACAGCAACCUCCUCAGCCUCCGCGACCUGGCCAGGCUUUACAACCUGCCAGACCUGGCGCUACCCCUGGUGGCUCAAAACCAUACCCAGGAACCCAUAUACCCAUCCCUCAACAAGGCACCUCUCAAAACCCCGCUGCCCAAGCCCAAUUACAACAAGCGCAGGCGGCAGCGCACGGCCAGCAACGUCCCAUCCCCAAUCCUCCCAGCCUAAGCCACGCCCAGCAACAACCUCCACAAGGCAUACCGCCGCAACAUCCUCAGCACCGCCCGAUUGCGGUCACUGCAGGUCAUAUAUCUGGCCGUCCAAUACAGCCGCAUCCUCAGACUUUUCGACCUCUGGCGUCCGCAUCGCCGCAUCCGACGCCAGCAACUCAAAAUGUCCCGCCGAAAUUGGCCCCAGCCCAGCCACCGCCCGGCCAACAUAAACCUCUCUCUAGAACACACUCACCUGCGCAUCUGGACAAGUCGCCGUAUGGUCCCCCGAAGCCCGCCAUUCCCGAGCACAUGAUCCGCCAAGCAGUCAGCACACCGCAAGGCAAGCGAUCCGCUGCCCCGUCGCAACCUCAAACUCCUGUACAAGUCAAUGCUAUGCCGUUAACUAGAGGAUUCGGCACUAAAUGGGCGUCUCACUCCACCCCGUCAACGCCCAGGCCGAUCAUGGAGGAGCCCGAGAGCCCGGCCUUUGAGCCUGUCAGUCCGCCCCAGCGAGCUAGCUCAAUCGCGCGGGGAUCGUCAAGAUCCUUGUCUGUCAAGGACACGCCAAAGAAGCUGGAGCCCGCGAGCCGGAACCGCUCAUCCCGUACCAGCCAACCAGACAGAGCUGUCAGCUCCACGCCGUCCGCAGCCGGGACAAGGCGCAGCCAGUCAGCCGUCUCCCAGUCAGCCGUCUCCCAGGCAGACGAACCAUCCACGGACUAUCCCACAAAGGUCAAAAUGGAAGCUUCUACUCCACGCCUACACGAUGAAACCGGAGACACCACUGCAGAUGAAAGUGUUCAUGGUAAGCACAUGGCAACUCCAGGUAGCGUUUCGUCGCGGCCGUACAAGCGGAAGCGACAAGAUACCCCGCAGCAGCCUCCUGUACCACCAACUCAUGUGCUAUGGACACGAGGUUUCACCAAAGUCUCGUCAUCGGCACUAGAUCAGAUCUCGAGCCAUAGAGAUGCGAAUAUGUUUGCCACGGGUAUCCGCGAGCGCGACGCACCUGGCUACCACCAGAUUGUGCUCCAGCCCCAGGACAUCACGAAAAUCCGCGCAGCAAUCAAGCAUGGCAAUAAGGCUGCCUCUACCGCUGCGUCGAACCUUCCCGGUGGUGACCCUGGCGGCCCGAGCGUUUGGCUGCCCGCCUCGGAAGACCUGACACCGCCUCAAUCCAUCAUCAACAGCGCACAGUUGGAGCGGGAGCUUGUUCACAUGUUUUGCAACGCCAUCAUGUACAAUCCGGACCCCGACCGCGGCCCCGGCCGGGCAUUCAUGAAACGCUUACGCGACGACGAAGAGGAAGUGGUGGGUUAUCGCGUCGACGAGGAUGGCGUGGUCCGGAACACGCGCGGCAUGUUCGUCGAGGUCGAAAAGCUUCUCAGCGACCUGCGCAGUGCAGAAAAGGACCGCGAGCCGCCGCCGCCCGCCGCCGCAACUGCUGCCACGGGCACUGCCGCUGCCGUGGCUACGACGGAAACGAGUGCGGCUGCGGCUGAUGAUACGGCAGAGGAAGAUGACGAGGGAGAGGGGGACGGUCCAUCGUCGUCGAAGAGACGGCGCGUCUCCGCGAGAAGCUAG